AUGAUUACAUUUCCAAAUCGAUCUCUUCAUGUGGAAUCCCCUCAGAUCAAUAGCACGCGAAACAAGAAACAACGUCCGUACUCAUCGCGCUCCGACGUCGAACACUAUGCAUCUUUGUCAACUAGUGACAAAUUAAAUAUAACAAAGCUAUUGAUUCAUAAAGGUGUUAAUGUCAAUGUUCAAAACAGAAAUGGAACAACGGCGUUACAGCUUGCUUGCGAGAAUGGUAAUUCUGGUAUAGCAAAAAUGUUGUUAGAGAAUGACAGUGACAUAAAUCUUGUGGUUAACGAUUGUAAUAACGCACUACAUUAUGUAUUCAAGUCACGACAGAACCGUCACCAUCUAAUAAAAUUACUGAUUGACAAAGGCAUCUAUGUAAAUAGUCAAAACAAAAAUGGGACUUCACCAUUACAACUUGCGUCCAAAUUUGGCGACUACGAAGCUGUAAAGGAACUGUUAGAUUGUAAUGCUUCCAUAGAUGUCGUCGACAACGUCAAUGACAACUCAUUGCAUUACGCCUUGUCUUGGAAAUGCAACACAGACGUAAUAAAAUUAUUGAUUAAUAGAGGCAUUGAUGUGAAUGCUCAAAACACAAACGGAACGACCGCGUUACACCUUACAUGCGAAAAUAGUAACUAUGAAGUUGCACAAAAACUGGUGGAAAACCACGCUUGUGUCAAAAUUUUGGACGACGACAACAACACUGCCUUACAUUAUAUGUCAAAAUCGUGGAAAAAUAAUCAAAAUAUCGUAAGGUUAUUGAUUGGUGAAGGCCUUGAUAUAAAUAGUAGAAACAGUCAUGGAACAACAGCUCUACAAGUUGCUUGUCGAAACUGCAAUUAUCACAUUGCUGGAUAUUUAUUAAACUACGGUACGUCUGUCAAUCUUUUGGACAACAACUACAACAAUGCUUUACACUACGCAUCAAAGUCCGAGCACUACAACGCAGAUAUAAUAAAAUUAUUAGCCGAGAAAUUUCUGAGUGUCGAUUCUCAAAAUAAAAACGGGACGACAGCUUUGCAGCUAGCGUGUCAACAGAAUAAUUACACAAAUGCGGAAAAGUUGCUCCAGUGUGGUGCUUGCGUAGAUUUGGUGGAUGACAAGGGCAACAACUCGUUGCAUCAUGUGGCGAAAUCGCGGCGGGAUAGUGUGAAUGUAGUAGAAUUGUUGAUUCAGGCGGGCGUUGACGUAAAUGCCCGAAAUAAAAAUGGUGUGGCAGCUUUACAAUUUGCGUGCGAAAGUUGUAGUUAUGAAAUUGCCAAGAAUGAGUGUGACAACAAUGCGAUUAUGCACUGA